UUGAUUGUUCUAUGGCUAGAUAAAAAAGUACACAUACACUCCAUAUAAUAAUCGGUUGCAUGUAAAAGAGUGGGGAGGCUUCGACAUGUCGACCACGGGUCCCAUAAGUAAUUAUUAUGUGGACUCCUUGAUCAACCAUGAAAACGAGGAUGUCCUUGCUGCAACUCGGUUUUCGGCUCCCGGUUCGCACCCAGCCGGCCCUCGUUCGACGUCCCUAGUACCGGAGUGUGCUGACUAUCCUUCCUGCAGCUUCGCACCCAAGCCACCCGUCUUCUCCACCUCCUGGGCCCCUGUACACUCCCAGUCAUCAGUGGUUUACCAUCCAUACACUCACCAGCCUCACUUAGGCACAGACUCGAGGUAUAUGCGGUCAUGGCUGGAGCCGAUAUCAGGCGCCGUGCCUUUCCAUGGCUAUCCCGGGAACAGCAGGCAUUAUGGGCUGAAGCCCGACGCCUUUCCGGAGCACAGAGCCGGCGAGUGUCUCGGCUCCAGCGGACGGACCUACACGGAUUAUCUGUACUGCUCAUCCACUGACAUGCGAGACAAGACGCCGCAGAAUAUCCCCUCUCCGGAGUCGGAGCUCCUGGCUUCGGGGAAACAUAAAGACGAGAAGUCGGAGCUAGAUCCUAAUAACCCCGUGGCAAAUUGGAUACAUGCCCGUUCCACAAGGAAGAAGCGGUGCCCUUACACAAAGUACCAGACUCUCGAACUGGAAAAGGAGUUUUUGUUCAAUAUGUACCUCACUAGAGACCGCCGAUUCGAGGUCGCUAGGGUCCUGAAUCUGACCGAGAGGCAGGUCAAAAUCUGGUUUCAGAACCGGCGGAUGAAGAUGAAGAAAAUGAACAAAGAAAAGACCGACAGCAAAGAACAAUAAUGUGGACUGAAGUCAGAAAACACCAAUAAUAACCACUAGUCACAUGGACAGCACAGAUGUACCAAAACACACGAUGACACCCCCUUCUUCUUCUCCUUAUAUUUAUCACUUUGUUGGAUUUUGUAUUAACCUUAACUUCGAGAUUGUUUGAUGCUGAUUCUGUUUUGUUUUUUUGUUCCAGUGCACAUGUAUUUGUGUAGGCUGAUAGCGUUAAAGAAAAAGAAAAAAACUUCCAAGGAGAUAAUUACCACAUUCUGCUUUUACUUCGAAUUACCUUUAUGGUUUUUUUGUAAGAGAAAUUAUACAUAAGUGCAGUUUGGACAUGUUAAAACUGUCUGAAGAAAGAUAAUACUUGAAUUCUUUUGAAUUUCACAAUCCCAUAAUUUAUGAUGUGAAUGUUUUCUUUCAUUUCUUUCUUUAAUUUCCUUUAUACGUUGUUGUGCAGGUGUAGUAUUUUGUACAGAAACAGAACAUCUGCGAUCGGACUUGUCUGUCUUGUAUUUUUGUGAUAGUUGUUGUAUUUGUGCAUCUCUCUCUUUUUUUGACUGUAGCAUACGAGUUUAACUAUAGAGUGUAGUUAUAGACCUCUGCAAAUAUAAACAUAAUCACUAA